AGCAACAGCAGCAGCAGCAGCAACAGCUUCCAGUCAACUACUGCCAAGGAUUAAAUCGCGUCGCGUGUCAGCAAAAGUUCUCGAACUAAAACCAAAACGAAAAUGAAAGUGUUUUCCAUUGCCUGUGUGUGCCUCGUUUUGGCGGCCAGCAGCGCCUGGGCCGCGCCCAGUGUGCAAGAUAACCGCGUCGAAAGUGAUAACACGCUCGGACGUGCCGCCCGCUAUCUGGGCGCCUGCCUCGAGAGCGAUGACAUGACCACCUGUCUGGCCGUCAAGGGCAUUACCGCACUGAAUCGCGCCGCCAGGAGCAACAACAUUGAGCUAAUCAAUGGCGUCACCUUCCAGAGAGAUCCCGCCAGCCCCGUGCAGCGCAGCGGCAAGUCCCUCAGCGAGCAGGACAUCUAUGCUGAGCUGCCACAGAAUGGCGAUGAGCGCAACGGCCGCCUGGUCGAUCUGGCCAUAUCCAGUGCCACCGACUUCCUGAGCACCCACAACUUGGAGUUCAAGCUGCCCGCAGAGACCACCCAGCAGGUGGCACGCGCCCUGGAUGAAGGUCGCGGCAAGAUCAAGAAGAUGAUUGGCCCCAUUGCCCUGGCCAUUGGCGCCAAGCUGUUCGCUGUGAUUCCCUUGGUGCUCGGCUUCCUCGCCCUGUUGACCUUCAAGGCCGUCGUCGUGGCCAAGAUCGCCUUCUUCUUGGCCAUCCUGGUCGGCGGCUCCCGCCUGCUGAGCGGCUUUGGCAACAAGUUCGGCGGCAGCGCCAUCGGUGGCUACAGCUCGAACGCCUGGUCCGCCCCAGCCACCGCUGGCUGGAGCUCGGGCGCCUCCUCCGCCUAUCCCUAUGCGCGCAGCAUCAGUGUCGACAAUGCCCAGGAGUUGGCCUACGCCGGCCAGCAGCCCGAGCAGCAGCAGCAGCAGCAGCAGCAGAAACUACCCAGCCGACGCAGUCAGUGCAAUGCGCAAACUGAACGAAGCGCGCCAACUGAACGAAAGCUGAGAGAGUGAAAGAGAGAGCGAUUGCGCGCGCGAAGCAUAGAGAGACAGCUAGCCGGCAGCUUGGCCUCGCCAUGAUCUUGACUGGCAUUGAGAACGACCGAGUCAGUUGUCGGUCAGACGCGUAAGCAUGCGCACGCCGUUGAUAUAAAUUGAAGAAGCAACCGUUACUCCGUGGGCGUGUCUCGCGCACAGAUGAAGUAAUUGCAGCUAACAACAAGUUGGCAACAUUGUUGAGCUAUCCGUUGGCAUUUCGAAUUUCUGUCUGUUUGUCUGUCUGUGUAUUCAAAUAGAAAAUGUGCUAAAUGCUGCAGCGAAAUUGCAAACAACGCGACCAAAAUAUCAACGAAGAGUAAAA